AUUGUUUUUACUGUCAAUUAUUUUAUUGACUAAUAAUGUGCUAUUUAUUCAAUGUAAUAAUGAACUGGAGAUAGAGGACAGUAGUGAUGAUAUAGUAGGAAGUGAUUCAAACGAUACGUCAACUGAACACAAGGUCAUCAUCGAUGAGCGCCCAAUGUUUGCUGAUCUAAACUGUAAUACCUUCACCGAAAUCGAGCACAACUGUAGCAAUACAUGUCCGGCAAGUUGUGAGGAACCCGACCGACUCCCCUGUCGUGACCACCACUACUGUUAUCGGGGCUGUGAGUGUAGGCCCGGCUACGUGAAGGAACAUCAAAAGUGGUCGUGUAUUCCCAAAGAUAAAUGUCCAAAGUGUGCAUCAAACGAGCACUUYCGUGAUUGCGGUACUAACUGUGAGCCUACCUGUUCCAACUAUCGCAAUACACCRCCGCAUUGUAACAAUAAUUAUCACUGCAAAAGAGGCUGCUUUUGUAACUAUGGUUUUGUAAGAGAUAUGUCCCUCAAUGGCACGUGUGUACCCAUUGAUAAAUGCCCGCAAAAAUGUGGAUCCAAUGAAUACUGGGAUGAACAGGGUGCUCCCUGUGUCAGAUCAGCAACCAAUCCACGUCCUAAAUGUCUGGAUGAACCGGCAGUUCCCGCAUGUGUUUGUAAUACUGGUUUUACCCGAAAUCCGAGUACUGGACAGUGCGAAAAGUUUGCCAAUUAUGUUGAGGUUUGCGGCGGUAAUGAGACAUUCAGUCAAUGCGGUAAUGAAUGUUCACGAAAAUGUUUCGAUGAAACUAAACGCCAAUUCUGUCCAACCAUUUGUCUGCGCGGCUGCUUCUGUAACGAAGGAUACGUUAGAGACAGUCAUAAUCACAGGUGUGUACUACAGAAGGACUGUUAUGUUUGGAAACCCAACGAUGGCAUCGCUCGUCGGCGCCGUCGGAAUCUUCAAUGA